AGAUGGGAGUCCACUUAUAAAGAGAAAAUUAAAAUAGAAACAAAAUAAAAAAGAAACCCAAUUAGGAAACUCAGAGCCACGGUUUCACCCCGAAGAACACCAAAAAAAAACCCCCCAAUUUUUUUUUCUCCUCAAAACCCACGCGUUUAAAUCUUUUAUUCUCUUCUGUUCAAACCCUUGAAAUCCCAAAUCUUGGAUCAUCAAUUAUUCAAUUCGAAUCCCUCAAUUUACAGAAUUGUCAAUUUAUUUUUGUGAAUUCCCAUCCUCACGACAAUCUCACCAUUUGAAUUCCCCAUCGCCAUAAAAAAAACCCUAGAUUUCUCUAUCCGGAAUAAACUUUUAUCACCAAAUCGUCAAUUCGAUCUUACCCACUUUGUUUUUCAGGAUUAUAAGAAACCCUAGAACAUCAAAUUCAAUCCUUUUUUUGUCGUUCGUUCAUGGGCACAAUUAAGGUUUGUAGAGAAAACUCAAAGUCCUCCGUGGCCAUCUCAACCUCUGUCCCUGUCACCUCCUCAAGUUCUCGAACCGAGACCGUAAAUGGGUUCCACGAGUUCAAGAUCGACGGCUACUCGCUCGUCAAGGGCAUGGGAAUUGGCAAGUACAUCACUUCUGAUACGUUCAUGGUCGGUGGGUAUGCGUGGGCAAUCUAUUUCUACCCGGACGGCAAGAGCUCCGAGGACAACGCAGCCUACGUAUCGGUUUUCAUAGCUCUGGCGAGCGAAGGUACCGAUGUUAGGGCUUUGUUCGAAUUGACGCUUUUGGAUCAGAGCGAUAAAGGAAGACACAAGGUUCAUAGCCAUUUCGAGAGGACCCUUGAGAGCGGUCCGUAUACGCUUAAAUAUCGAGGAAGCAUGUGGGGUUAUAAACGCUUCUUCAAAAGAACUCUCCUAGAGACGUCAGACUACCUCAAGGAUGAUUGCCUGUACAUUAAAUGCUGUGUUGGUGUUGUUAAAUCGCAUACAGAGGGACCUAAGAUCUAUUCUGUAUCAGUGCCACCUUCUGAUAUUGGUCAGCAGUUUGGAAAGAUUUUAGAAAGUGGGAAGGGAAGUGAUGUGAAUUUUGAAGUUGAUGAAGAAGUGUUUUCUGCCCACAAGUUAGUACUUGCAGCACGCUCCCCAGUGUUCAGGGCGCAACUUUUUGGCCCAUUGAAGGAUAAAAACACUCGGUGCAUAAAAGUUGAAGACAUUGAGGUGCCAGUGUUUAAGGCAUUACUCCACUUUAUAUACUGGGACACAUUACCAGAUAUGGAAGAGCUUGUGGGUUUGAAUUCCAAAUGGGCUUCUACAUUGAUGGCUCAGCAUCUCCUUGCAGCAGCGGAUCGAUAUGCCCUUGAGAGGCUAAGAUUGCUAUGUGAGGCUAAAUUGUGCGAGGAUGUUACCAUAAACACUGUGGCAACAACUUUGGCCUUGGCAGAGCAGCACCAUUGUUUCCAGUUGAAAGACGUAUGUCUCAGAUUCAUUGCAUUGCCUGAAAAUUUAAAAGCUGUGAUGGAAACGGAUGGAUUUGACUACUUGAAGGAGAGCUGCCCUGCUGUCCUCACUGAGCUUCUGAAAUAUGUAGCGAGGGUUGGAGAGCACUCUCCAGUGGUACGUGAAUAUGGAAAGGUCACCUUAUUAGACGGCAGUGAUGUGAACAGAAGACGGGUCAAGCCAAGGUUGUAUUGAUCUUGGAAGAAUCAUGUCAUUGGCCACAACAUCAGGAAAAAAAAAAAAAAAAAAAAAAGGAAGAAGCUUGCUAGGAACUAACAAACUAAUUCAUAUUAAAAAGGAGAAAAAAAAAAAGUUAUUGAUAUGGUUUUCCGGUAUUACUUUUCUUGUCUUAGGAUUUGGUUGUUCUAUCACUUUGUAAACCUCUUUGGAUGCUGUGGUCAAUUUGUGUGCAGUUUUUUGGUGGACUAGAUUUUUGAUUAUUCAUUUUGUAUGGUUAAAUGAAAUGAAAGCUGCAAAGAUUUGACAUCGUUA